CGCGGGGUCCACAGUCAGCUCCGGGUAACUCAGGCUCCCAGCGUCGCCUGAGCAGGAACUCUGUCUGGGGCGCGGAUGCUGGAAGUUCACAUUCCGUCGGUGGGACCCGAGGCCCAAGGGCCCAGGCAGAACCCAGAGAAAAGCCACAUGGUGUUCCGAGUGGAGGUGCUGUGCAGCGGGCGCAGACACGCCGUGCUAAGGCGCUACAGCGAGUUCCACGCGCUGCACAAGCGGCUCAAGAAACUGUACAAAGUGCCCGACUUCCCCUCGAAGCGCCUGCCCAACUGGAGGACCAGAGGAUUGGAGCAGCGCCGACAGGGCUUGGAGGCCUAUAUCCAGGGCAUUCUAUACUUGAACCAGGAUGUACCCAAGGAGGUGCUGGAAUUCCUGAGACUUCGGCACUUUCCUACAGACCCUAAGGCUGACAGUUGGGGCACCCUGGGGGAGUUCCUGCCUGGCGACAGCAGCUCACAGCUGCACCACCGGCCUGUCCUGAGCUUCUGCGUGGACCCCUACAUUUGCACCUCCUCCCCAGAACUUCUGCCCAACGUGGUGGUGAAUGGUGUGCUCCAGGGCCUCUACAGCUUCACUGUCAGCCCAGCUGAAGAGCAGCCAAAUGCUGCCAGUCACCCUGCUCCUCUGCCACCAAUGCCCUGAGCAGCCCAGAGGCCUUUGGGCCACGUUCCAGGACAGUCAUGUGCCUCAGUCCUAUGGGCUCCAUAUAAGGCUAGGUCCUCCUUUGGCCCGGACCUAGAACUUAACUACACAAGGUGCAGUUGUGCCUUAUCCCCUCAAGGCUCUGAACUCAACUUGCACGGGUAGCUGGGGGUAGUAGGAUUUGUGUUGAUAAGAGCCCAAGGGCCAAGACAAGGCCAAGAUGAGGCGAGGAAGAAGUCAAUUUAGAGGUAGGCUAUGAAGAGAUAUAUAUAUAUGUUUUUUUUUUCUUCUUUUUUUGCAGUUUUGGCUGAGGCUGGGUUUGAACCUGCCACCUCUGGCAUAUGGAGCCAGUGCCCUACUCCUUUGAGCCACAGGCGCUGCCCAAGCAUAGGUAUAUUUCUUAACGCAGACAAAGCAGCGGCAGUGAGGGAGUGGAAGUUGA